AUGUACGAGAAAAUCGCUUUGAUUGUUUUGGCAUUGCUCGCGGUUGCCCACUCGGAGGAAGUUCCUCCCACCAGAACAGAAGUGAAGGAUGCGGAUUUCUCCGAUUCAAGGUUGUCGAAAAUACUUCCCCUCCCACCAUCAUUGUGCAAUGACCAACACCUCACGAAGGCCGGGGCAAGCCGAAAAUCGAUCUCGUUAUUAACGCCACUGUCGCAGAUGCGAUUUGUACAACGUCGACCGAGGGAAUCGAUGCGGAAAACGAAACGCAACGGCGCGCAUCUUCGAAAGAGCAGGCUUUCCUCAUCCUCUGCGAAAGAUCUCGCCAAGACGGGAACCAACGAUUCAAAUGUGAAUGUCCACGUGGAGACUUCUAAAGAUAUCCCUUAUGUUUCGACGAGAAACGCAAAGUACUCGUCCGAAAACUUCGCGACCACAAGCAGAAUGGAAAUGAAGACGCGCGACGAGAACAAAACGCUUCUGCGCGCCCUCCGAGAUAGCUUGAAAGACACGCAGGACGUGGACUACAGUGAGGAGACGAAGAGAUGCAACACGUUCGUCUGUUACUGCAAAGAGCAGGACUGCGAGCGGAAAUCGUCGAGGACCAGCUCGUCGCGGAUAUUGGGAUCCUCCAGGAGGGUGAAGUCCGGAAGAGUGAGCCAUCGAAUACCGGCCGGACAGGAAAACGCAGGUAGGAUUCUCGACUCGAGUGUUCCGCGUCCAGGGUCGCCGACGUGGUACCACGAACCGCGCGUUCUCGGUCUGAUCAACUCCGUCCCGAUGCGACCUCACCAAGCAAUGACGCACCCUGCCUUUUUCGCGCCGCUUCUGCACGGAGUGCCGCUCGUCCCGCCUCAAAUCAUCGGGAAAGACGGGAAAACGAUCAACGCCGCUUUCCCAUACGCCCCCUUCGAGGGCAGACCCGACUUUACCGUUGGAGCCAAUGUACAGCAUCAACGUCGACCGAUUUACCGCCAAGAUUCGCAGGAAUGCCGCUACUUGUCUGAAGAAAAUCGAUUCGAUGCCAUCACCGUGUCGACUGCUUCAGCUUGGACCAGCAACACUGAAGCGAUGGUCACCUUGAACGAAGAAAGCAUCACCAGGGACUUUUCUACUCCGCACGAAACGAUCACCGUGAAUUACCUCGACGGAUUAGUCAAUCCCGUGGCAGAAAAUAAUGUCGCAUUGAAAGAUACCGCCGAGAGCACUGAAAUAAGCGAAGAAACCCUGCCAAGAUUAAGCGCGACGGUCUCGACGGAUCACGUCGCUUCGGUGACUGAAGCGAACGAUAAUUUUGAACCCUACUCUUCGAGCGGAACGUUUAGAAUGGUAGGCCAGGAACUUCCUACGUUCAUCACGACGUCGGAGAGCUACGUAAACGUGAGAACUGAUUCGAGCACGGGGAACAAUCUCAAUCCGUAUUACUCUGAGACAACUGCGGACCGAUCGGAGUCGUCCACGGAUCUUUUCAGGGAAACUACGUUAUCCUGGACGGAUAGGCCGAAUUUGGGAAAAGAAAAUAAUGUUGAUCAGAGAAUGGACGAUUUCGCAUCAACGGGCACCGAAUCGUACGAAUACACGAGGCCUCCGCUGACCGAGUUUAAUCGAUACGUUGGGACUACCGAGCGAACGUACGAGCCAAAUGACGACGCGCCAUAUUCGGGUGGAAAAUCAUCUGACAUGACGGGCAAGCGUAUGCCGAUGAAGAAACUGACGAAGCAAACGAUCGACGAGAUCGAAGAGGACACGAGAGGGGAAUUGCUAGGGAAGAGUAAAAGUCACGCGACAAAAAUGCUGUUGGGUUCGAACUACGAAGAGGAAUCGAUCACGGUGAAUUCACCGGCGGGUGAGAAGUUCUUCUACUCUACGAUCUCGUACGAAUCUAACGAGCACGCGAACGAAUUUGCGACGACAGACGCGACCCGCGGGAAUUCGUGGACGAGUACUCUUCCGUGUAGUCGAGGAGUCUACGGGGAAGAAACGACGACUCCCUAUUACGAUUUUAGGACCGACCGUGAUUUCAAGGAAGGGACCACAAACAUCCUGACGGAAUCGAUAGCCGAAUCCUAUCCUCAGAGAACGACUCUUCAAGAUCAACUUACGACAACGCAGCACUCGGCUCGUGAAGAAACGAACGACGAUGAUGAAGAAGGCUUGGAUUCCACCGAGAGUCUCGUGGCAAUCACCGAUUCAUCGGUGAGGAGAAGAUUACCAUUCUGCGACAAAUCUCUGCUGCUGAGCUCCAUCAGGAGAGUCAUCAACAACUUCGUGUCGAGCGGCGACUUGACGAAGACGCAAGGUCUCGACGAGGUCGCACUUCAGACGUCAGGCAAAAGUUUGCUGCCGGAAAUCCUGCAGAUCCCGAAUCUGAGGGACAUCCUGUUGUCCUCACGAAUAGAGGACACGAUCGUGCAGAAAGUGAAAGGCGUCCUCUCCAACAUCGCGAACCGCGAUUUGCCGCACGGUGUUAUCAGGAAAGCGCUGCGCAACCUGAUGGGUUUCCACGGUGAUCAUCAUGAAAGAAAACUCCCGCCGAUGACGGUGGAGGAGCACCAGUUCGGCCACGGUCAAUGGUACACCAAACUGGUGACUUUGGCGCCCAUUCACGGCAAGGAUUCAGGCAAGCUAUCGAUGACGCCGGGACGUUUGCGGGAAGGCAUCAGGGACCUCCUGGGAAUCCCGGCGAUCGCCUCGCAAGCGAAUCAGCAGAUCGUGCGGAACAUGAUCCUGCAAAGUCUAAGGAAUAGCUUGGGCAACAAAGCGGAAGACGAAGGCGACGGUCCGAAAAUAGGAGACUCGGUAAUCCUCGAAGCGUUGAACGACGCGCUGCAGGCGUUGAGAGGAUCGCUGAACCCGAAAGUUGAGUCCGUUAACGACGAAGGGGACACGGAUGUUUCGCAGGAGAUGUCGACGUGUUACGAGGGUGACUACAAGACGGAAGGAAAGCAAUUCGAGAAGAAUACGCAGAUAGACGGGACACAGGCGACGAGUUACCAGAAAGCUAAGAAACCGGACGACAAUUUGCAAGUAUCGAUCACCGCCGAGCCUCCGGAUUUCGUGAGACCUGGGAAACUGCGUGAAGAAGAAGGUACAAGCCCGAUCGCGAAUGUAUUUGAAGGAAAAACGAUUAUUUCAUCGACGGAUGCUGAAGCUCUCCGAGAAGGAACAGAGAAUGUCCUGAAUUCGAUGUUGACGACAGGACGCGUUGAAGUACAGCGAAGCAACGAAGAAGCCCGAAACGGUGAAUCUUUGGAGCGUACGACGACUUAUCAGCAACCUUCCAAAAUAUAUAUCCUGCAGGAAACAGCGGGACGCGAGAAAAAUAUUUACACGACGGAGGGAACCGCUCGAGGCAGCGUUUUGGGUGAAACGAAGCACGUUGAACGGUAUGACGAAACCGAAGAGCCACCGGGAACAACGGUCUCUGCGUCUCUGAGAAAAUCCAGUCAGUCCUCGUUCUCGAACUCGGAAAUCUCCUCCUUCACGGCAGUAACCAAAUGGAACGAAGUUCCAUUUGAAUCCAAUCUAGGAUCCAAAUUCUUAAUUGCCGACGAAGCAUCCGAAAAAACACUCGCUGCCACUGCUGUCACACCGAAUUCAAUGUCAUCAUCGACCGACGGCGAGACGCGAAUCGACACGACAGCAUUUUACAACGUAAGCCAUCUCGAUGAAGAAAACGUCGUUGAAACGACGCAAGACAACGCGAUGAACCGGAUGGAGGAAUGCUGUCCUAAGUACGACGGGAUGGAUCCAUCGAUGAUGCGCGCGACGAACAACAUCGACGCGCCGCCGAUAAAUUAUUAUUCGCCGAAUGAUCGGAUCUUGGAUUACACGAAGAAUCAUCGCGUCGAUAACGAAGAUAGGCCAGCAACGACGGCAAUCGUGAACUCCAUGCGGAAAUCGUCGUCCGAUUACGCGCGGUUAUCGGACGAUGUUACCUUGAAGAAUACGGCGGCUGCUGCGAAUGCGAAGAACAAAAUACAGUAUGUGUUAAAUGAAGGCGUAUCUUCGCCCAGCGAGAAAACAGCUAAAAUAGCAUCGGCGGACGCGGACUCUUUGACGUCGCAACAACGGGAAUUCCAAACGGGAGAUGUGAUUAAAAUUCACGAGGUCACCACGGAAGUGCAGAAGACUCACGCGAAAACGGUGUACUUUCAACCGCGAGCGUUCAGCCCCGAAGACGACUCGAGGACCAAUUCGCCUGCGAUCGUUCACGAAGUUACGAACGUGGCAGGCAGCGACGAUAAUUUCAGCGGGAACAGCACCAUCAACGACAGCAACAACGAUUCAAGUGAUAAGAAAAUCGACAACGUUGAUAAUGUUGUCACAGAAGCGAACAAGAACAUCGUCUCCGCUACCGGACUGCCUUCGGACGAUGUUUCUAACACUCUUCAGCUAUUUCCUUCUUCCGAGGAGAGCAUCGCGCAGCUCCAGAGAUCGCAGCUUUACUACGUCAACGACGGCGUGAAGCUACCGCUGGAAGUAAGAAGGUUGAAAGACGGUACUUACGGGUUGUCGAUCUCCAAGGACAUAUGCGAGCAGAUCCUGAAGAUAAAUUGCUGCGUACCGUUGCAAGGACACGUGGUUCAAACGUCGAGGCCAGAUACGCGCGGAAAUGACGCCGAGGAAGAGUAUCAGUCGGCCAUUCAACCGUCAAGUUCAACAACCACUCGAAGAAACACACUGUGGAAGUUGGAAGAGGAGGCGGAGGAAGAAUUAAAUAUGCAUCGUCUUUUGAACAGUCGUUGGAAGCGGGAUUUAAUGGAGGACGAUUCGAUGGCGAUCCUUUCGAUGCCAGUUCUCGAUUUCGCGAGAAAGUACAACCUGUCGCUCGACUUCAACGAGGAAGAAAUGGCAUUGAGCGAACUUAGGUCGCGCGAGAGGAUCCGAAACAUCGGUGACUCGUUGAAACAGUUAGCUGAGGAAUCCGAGCACAAUCAAUUGAAAGGAAAUGAUCUUGAUAGUUAUUCCGGGAGAGAACUGGAGAGGGAUGGACUGCAAAAUAAAGAGGAAGGUAAGAUCGAUGGACUUCAGGAUUCGGCAAAUAAUCGAGACAAAUAUAUUUUGGGAGAAAAUAUCGAGAAUUUGACAGAAGCUAGGUUGCGCAAGUCUCAUGCAAAUGAGAGUCGAUCGAGAAAAGUCAAGACUUCAAGGCUAUAUAAAUUAGAAGGAGAAAACGAUAAUCAGCGAAGUGUGAACGUCAGGCAGAUAAUGGGUACCGGCAACCAAGCGAGAAAUUCGAUUUCAAAAGGAACUGACAUUUUCGAAGGAGAGACAAAAUUCGAGAUGAAAUGGGGAGACUUUGAAAUCUUCGUUAAGAAAAGGGGAGAGAUACCUGAAGAGAUGAAGUUAAUUAAACUAAACAAAUAUAAAGAAAAUAGGCAGCAUGUGGAUAAUAAUGAAGAAAAUAAACCUAAGCUUUCAGAGAUUAAAGUUCUCAAAGAUAUGAAAGGAAGGCCGUACAGAUAUCAAAGAAAUACGAACGAUGGCCCAAAUAAAGGGACAGAAGUAGUGAAAAUUUUUCUCCAUUGGCUGAAGAGCCUUUUCUUAAGCACAAAUGAAUCGUAA